CCUCGUUUCUCUCUUAUCGAAUCCUCCUUCCAGAGUCAACUACAACCGGUUGUUACACGUGGCACUGGCAAGGGGCGUCGCAACUUAGAGUUAAUAAGUAGCAACGUGCGCGCCUUCUACCUUCUAUUACUAUUUAAACUCCUUCCAGAAGACCUUCUCCAUUUUCUACUCUAAGGUUCUUAUCAACCCCGAUUCCAGUCAUCCGUCUUGUGCUACGGUGUAUCGCAAUAAUUAAUGGCGGGCGACGAUUCUCCCAGUCCUUCUGCUGUCUACAAGGGCAGCGGAGAUCUUCCCGAUAAGAAUCCUUCGUUCGUUGGUGACCCUUACAGCGAGGAUAAUGGCGAUAGUGGCGAUCAUGGCGCCGACACCGAGUUGAAACGCUCUUUGAGCACGCGUCACUUGACGAUGAUAGCACUUGGUUCUAGUAUUGGUAUGGGUUUAUGGCUUGGUAGUGGUACUUCGUUGGCCAAUGGUGGUCCCGCUGGUAUCUUCCUUGGCUACUGUCUCGCCGGCUCUAUGAUUUGGUGUGUCAGUCAUUCCAUCGGCGAGAUGGCGUGCGUGUAUCCUCUGCCAUCCGCCUUCGUGCAGUGGACUGGAAAAUUUGUCGAUCCAGCCGCUGCUUUUGCCCUCGGCUGGUCUUAUUGGUUCAGUUACUGUAUCACGAUCGCGAACGAGUUGGCAUCAGCGAAUACUGUCAUCACGUAUUGGACAACCCGUGUGCCGAUUGCAGGAUGGAUCAGCAUAUGGCUAGUUAUCAUCAUCCUGAUCAAUAUCGGCGCCGUUACCCUCUUCGGUGAAAUCGAAGUCGUCGCUAGUACGAUUAAAUUUGGCUGGAUCUUCGUUGUUAUUAUCUCCAUGAUCGUCAUGUCAGCUGGAGGAGCAGGUUACGACGCGGUGGGUUUUCGGUACUGGAACGAGAUCCCAUUUACGAACGGUUUCAAAGGCUUCCUCGCCGUAAUGCCUACUUGUAUCUUUGCCAUGUCUGGAUCUGAGAACUCGGGCUUGGUUGCUGCCGAGACCGCCAAUCCGAAAAAGUCCAUACCUCGCGCUGUCGGAUCUAUAUGGCUCCGCCUCGCACUUUUCUACUUAGUUGGAUCGUUGAUGGUUACUAUCAAUGUUGAUCCUAGAAACAGCCGCCUUUUCGGUGUUGAUUCCAACGGUACUGGUUCUUCGCCGUUCGUCAUUGCCUAUAGCGACGCAGGCAUUCCUGUUCUGGCUCACAUGAUGAACGCGGUUAUCCUCAUAUCGGUCGUCUCAACUGGAUCUAUCUCAGGCUACGGUGGUUCUCGUACGGCCAUGGGGUUGGCGUACCUAGACAUGGCACCCAAAGUAUUCACAAAGGCCGACAGGACUGGACGCCCUUGGUGGGGUCUAGUCCCUACGUUCGUUCUUGGUGGUGGGCUUGCCUACCUCAAUGUUAGCGAAUCCGGCGCCGAUGUCUUCAAGUGGUUUUCAAAUCUCACCUCUCUCUUCACCUUAUUCGGUUGGGGCAUGAUUUGUCUUUCACACAUCCGUUUUCGUCACGCUUGGGCAAGACAGGGACGUACAGCUGAGGAGCUUCCCUGGAAGUCUUGGAUCUACCCAGUUGGUCCCUGGUGGGGUUUGACCAUGUGCAUCCUCCUCAUCAUAGUCCAGUUCUACCUCGCUGUCUGGCCACUUACAGACCCUCAGGGUGCUCAAACCUUCUUUGCUAACUAUAUCUCGGUCAUUGUCAUCGUUGUACUAUGGCUUGGCGCCAGAGCCUAUUACCGCGGAAGAUGGUGGGUCAACCUCGACCACAUCGUACUCGACGAAGGGCGAAGGUUUUACAAGAAUGAUGUUGAGAAGGCGAAGCCCACCGGCGUGAAAGGAUAUGCGAAAAGAGCUGUUAGUGCUGUUUUUAGCUAGGCGGGAAGCCAUCCCCAUACCUAUUAAAAUGAGUGUUGAGUACACACUGUAAGUUCGCGAGAAGUGCGUUGGAAAUAGUCUCUAUUAUAAGACUGGGUACUUUAAAGUCCUAAGUUACUAAUACAUUGUUAUAUGUUCGAGACGCCGUAAACUAAGAUUAAUUGUCUUAACCACAAUUGUCGCCAUUAAUAAUUGAGAAAUGUGAUAAUCAGACAUGCAGGAUUACCACAAUCACAAUUCUAAUUUGGAGAACUUCUAUGUUCGAGUUUGUCGCAAGAUGUUAAUUAUACCCAUAACGGGAAAGAUGAGGAAGAUAAUAAUUGCUGUGAUUAUACGAUGUUGAAUCUCACGGUUUCAAAGAGUCUUGGCGGGACGUUCUCAUACUUCAGAGUAGUUUGAUACCUCCUAAUGUAUAGGCGAGCUAGAGUAUCAAUUUUGGUAAAGGCCGAGUCAUUUCUUGAACUCAUACUCUACCUUUAAGUAAUCACGAAUCAGUAUGAGUGAAAUAGGAACUGUAAUAUUUA